CGUGCGACACGCGCUUCUCUAUUAAAUCACCAGUCCCCUGUGACGUCUCUUUUCUUUGACGACUCUUUUCAACUAUUCAACCCUUCAUAAUGGCCUCGGAAUAUGAGCAGGAGAACGGUCGCUAUGACGACGAGCCUCGUUUCGACCGUCACCGCAGCGCAUCUCCUCGCGAUGAAAUGAGAGAUGACCGUGCCCGGAGCCGCUCCCCCAACGGCCGUAUUGAUGAUCGCGGAUAUGAGAGAGGUCCUAUUGACCCUCGUAAGAUGCUCGACGAUGACGAGGAGGGUGCCCAGAACACCGGUUCCAACCUUUUCGUCACUGGCAUUCACCCUCGUUUGUCUGAGUCGGAUCUGUCGCGUCUGUUCGAGAAGUACGGUGACGUCGAGAACUGCUCCAUCAUGGUUGACCCUCACUCCAAGGAGUCGCGUGGCUUUGGCUUCGUGAAGAUGGUCACCGGUGACCAGGCGGAUGCUGCCAAGGAAGGUCUGCAGGGUGAAGUCAUUGAAGGCCGCACUCUGAGCAUCGAAAAGGCUCGUCGUAGCCGUCCUCGCACCCCUACUCCCGGCAAAUACUUUGGACCUCCUAAACGAGGUGAGCCUGGUUUGGACUCCCAUAAUUCUCUUUUUCAUAAACUAUACACUGACGAUUGUUUUAGGUCCCCGUGGUCGUGGUGGCCCCCGUGGUGAUCGCUACGAUGACCGCCGUGGUGGUUUUGGCGCUAGCUGGCGCCGUGACGACUAUCGCUACGGUCGUUACGAUUCCUACAGUGACCGUAGCCGCGACUAUGGUGGUGGUGGCCGUGAUGGCCGUGACUACCGUGACUACCGUCGUGAUUACCGCGAUGACUAUGGCUACCGUGGCAUCGACCGCUACGCUUCUGGCGGCGGCCGCGAGGACCGCUACAGUCGCGAAGACCGCCGUGGUGACGAUCGCCGUGGUGGUGGUGGUGGUGGCAGCAGCAGCGGCGGUGGCGGCGG